AUGUGGGUUUGGCUGCUACAAUCAACCACCACAACAACCUCAACAGAAUCAUCAGCUAAUCGUGGAACUGUGGAAUAUGUGUCUACGUCCAAAGAGUUUGAAAAGAGUGCUGUAUUCCAAACAACCAACCCAAAAAUUGCUCACAAAAUUACUCAAUUGAGUCGAAAUGAGAAACAACCUAAUACAUUAGUUACAAUCCCACAAUCUGGAUCAGUGAACACUAUAUCCAAGUAUGCACGAAGUAUUUCACAACCAAAGGUGAACGCAGAAACGACUCGUUCGGUGCCCGUGGUACGUGCGAAUUACGCCCUUGAAUCAUCUCGUUCACUUGAAGAGCUAUUGAGGAAACGUGAAUCCGAUUUACGGCGUCGCAGAGAACAUGUGGAACGCCUAAUGCAAUGGCAUCGCCGCCUUGACCGGGAAGAAGCUGAAGUUUUACAAAUGGAAAACGCACUGGUUACUUAUACAAAACCCAUUAUUACCGACGUAGUAAAGAAGAUACAUCAGAAUCACGCUGGCGUGGUUCCUAUCAAAAAUAUUGGUACUCGUGCAAAAACUCACCGGCGUCUAAAGGAGAUAGAAAAUAGUUUAAGAGAAUUGAAUAACAUCUCAAGUACACAUACGACGGCUGAAAGCAAUGAAGGAAGUGGAGAAGAAAACAAAACAAAUGCUUUGGAAUCCGUCCGAACUAGUGGCAAUAAAUUAAAUAAAUUAUGGCGGCGUCUAACUUCGCAACAAGUCGGAAAAUAUGUACCUAAUAAACACUAUGAGCUUUCGAAGGCGGAUUUGGAAAGCCUUUAUGAAAACGCAAAGAUAGCAGUGCUUCAGGAUUUUGCCCAGAAUGAGGGUCACUUACCGGCUGAUCUUCUUGAAAAAAGCAUAUCCAAAAACAUAUCACAAACAUCUUUACAACAACAGCAGCAACAUGAGUCUGUUUUUGUACCAUCGUUAAAUUUAUGUACCAGUUCUGAACCAUCUGAUAAAGAAGAAGAGUCGUGGGAAGGAGCAUCUCCAAAUUCAUUAUUACUGGAGGCACCCAGUCCUACCAUAGCAGCAGAAAACUUUAAGCUUUUCGACCGUGAUUCGAAUUCUAUCUUCCUGAUGACAAAGCAUAACUCUGAAUCGAAUUUAUAUCCAAAAAUGAGAAAUUUAUCGUCUUGGACAACUCGUGAUGUUGGAUUAAUUCGCAGCCUUUCUGACACUGUAUUGUAUAAUAAAUGUCGCUCGCCACACGACAACAAAAAUAAAUUAUUAAAUAUAUAUAAAGACGGCUUUGCCGAAAAUUCCAGACGUUCCAUGUCUAAUGCAGAUCGCCUCCCACCAUACAAGACAGAAACAAAUGUAAAAUUGCCGCCUUUCUUUAUCACAUCGCAACAAAAACCAUCCGAGCAAGAAAAUGAUGUCCUAAUACCGGACGCUCUACAGUUUACUACAGCAUCAAACCUACAGAUGGAAGGACCAUCAGUUAUAAACUCCCCAAAUAUUUCUGGCGAAAGUACAACUCGGAGAAAAACAGCGACGGAGAUUGAAGAAAAUUUUGUUGACCCUAGUCUGGGCAAUGAACAAAGCAAACACACUAGUUCAGAGACAGCCUUUCAUACUUUAAAUGAUAAACUAAAACGAACUUAUGAUGAUCAGGAAAUUCAAAAUAGUCCCCAGCUUAUUUCCUCAUGUGCUCAAUCUUCGUGUAGCUCUGAAGUUAAGAGUAAUGAUGGUCCACAUCAAAUCUUGAGCUUUGUAAUUUCAACAGCUUCGAAUCAGGAACAAAUUGACAAUGAUACCAGUUCCUUGAGCAAGAAUAUAUAUGAUUCAAAUGAAAACCAGUCGAUAGAUGAACAAGAAUCAUUCAACUCAAAAACAUUUGUAAGUCAAUCUGUACAAAGUCAAUCAUCCGAAAAUGAAACUGUGGACACAUACGAAGAAGAUUUUGAAAGCACAUGCGAAUUAACGAAAAUAGAUGAUUUAUCACUGCCUCAUUUCGACAGCAUAUUUGAUACCUCUCUAGGUGAUAAAAGUGGUAUUGAGGACUGUGAGGACUGUGAAAAUCAGAUUCAAACAAGUAAAGAAAGUAAAAAUAUUUACCAAGAUGUGCCAACAUGUUCUAGAGUUUUAGAAAAACUCGAAACAACUCAACCGUUGCUGUCUAAUUUAGACAUUUCAACAGCAGCUCCACCGCCACUAGUACCUUCUGCAACAGAUAGUACACGGUACCAAUCAACAGCACAAAAUAUUAACUAUGAAAAUACUUCCCCUGUAAAUACAGUGCAACUAAUGCCCGAUAUUAUAAAUGAACUCGAAAUACGUCGUUGCCAACAAAUUCUAAUUGAAAACGAGCAAAAAAUUAAACAGUUCGACAAUCCUCCAUCUGUAAUGCCGUAUAUGUACGUUCGUGAAAUCCCUAAUAAGCCUCCUCCGCCAUAUGUACCCCCCGCCCAUGGAAGUCCAAUGACCACUAUAUUUCCUUCUGAGGAACGAAUUAAAGAAAUAAGCUAUCGACGCACACAUGAAUUGUACAGCGAACUUUUAAAGACUGAUUAUAUAAACGAAUCUGGCGAAAAGCUACCUUCGGUAAUGGACGAAAAAAUAACAAACAUCUAUGAGCGAAUAAUACUUGAUAUCUGCCGUGAGUAUUUAGACGAGCAUGUGGAGGUUCUUAGGAAAGGUGACCCAAUAAAUUUCUACACUCACCUGGCUUUCUUUAAUCCACCCAAUCGAUUACGAUGUAUGCAAGAGUCUGUUUACAAAGAAGUUCGACGUUGUCUGGCUAUGGACAAAACAACCAAACGGCGUACUCCAAUUUAUUCAGUAUAUGGUCAAAGAGCGAAGCGCGAUCACAUCGGUAAAAUUAUAAUCCAAGAAAUGUAUGAUGAAGACGAGAAAUGGUGUAAUUUUCAUCGCGAAGAAAAUGAAGUCGUGGAACUUAUUAUUUACGAAAUGGUCCAGAAACUUUUAACUGAUGUAGCUAAGAAAGUUCUUGUUGAGGAAGGAGGCACCAUUGAAAUCUCAAACGUAGAUAAGGAAGAUGAAAGUGAUGAAAAUAUACAUCUCAUUUCUCAUGUUGCGGAAUUAACACCACUUAACAGUACAUAACUAGAAUCAAACCAAUAUCCACUUCUGAAAUGCUAAUUGAUAUUGAUUUUGAUUUCAUACGGUUUUCUUGGAAUUUGUACUUAUUUUUACAAGGUCUUCAUUAAAUAUUGAUUUUGUCUUUAUGCAUCGUACUAUACAAACGAAGUACAGUAUGGUGUUUCGUACAAAUUUUUAGCAUAAUAAAUCAAUACAAAGCAAUAAAAGAAUUGUACUUAAUAUUUUAGUCUGAUCGUACAUAAAUUCGACAAUCCCAUUUAGUUUUAGAUUUUGCACUUUUUAUUGAAUUUUAAUAAAGCAAUCGCUAUAUCUUU